AUGAAGAACACCGUGCUUCGAAUAAAAGCCGAGUUGGAAAACGUUAAGAAGCUAUAUUGUGAUGAUGACUUCCUGUGGGUGUUUAACAUUAAGGACUCCACGUCUUCCCUCACCAGAGAGAACAUCCAAUUUAGGAAGACCGAUAUUCUGGACAUUCCUAACAGCAGGGGAACGGCCAAUUUCCUACUAAAGUGGACUGAAUAUCCGAAAUACUCGACUAUAAACUUCGUGAAGACCAAAAACAGCUGCUCCUACGACAGCGAAGCGGACAACGAGUGGAGAGACUUUGCCACCUUCGAGUGCCGAGGGAUCGAAUUGGUGGAGUUCCAGUCACGCGGCAACUUCAUCGUGGAAGACAUCAAGGGAAAAAUUUACUACGACGUCAAUUUGUCUGAUCGAAAUUGGUGUGACUACAACCAGGUGAGCGUCUGCCCGUGA